UGAAUUAGUGACAUAGUGUCUUAGUUUCAAAACUCUUAGUUUUUUUUCUGCUGAAUCAUCUCAUCUCAUCUCAUGUUGCAUCUAAGAGGUUUUCCUUACCCCAACAAUCUUUCUUCAACCCCAAAAUGUCAUCUUCUUCUCCUCAAACCCCACUCUUUCACCGCCGCCGCCGCCACAACCACUGCAGAUUCAGAUAAAAAAUCUUUCACCAUAUCUUACCUCACUAACAAUUGUGGUUUAUCUCCACAAGAUGCUCUCAAAGUAUCCAAACGAUUUACUUUCGAAACCCCCGAAAAACCCAAUUCCGUCAUCACCUUCUUCAAAACCCAAGGCUUCUCCGAUGACCAGAUACAAUCCAUUAUUCGCAGGAAUCCUCAGCUCAUCCUUUCCAACCCCAUCAAAACCAUUCUCCCUAAGCUUCAAUUUUUAGCUUCCAAAGGCGCUUCUCCCACCGACAUAGUCGCCACCGUCACCGGAAGCCCCUAUUUCCUAACAUCAAGUAGCCUCAAACGCAUUAUUCAAACUUUUGAAUUGGUAAGAACUUUCUGUCCCUCUGAUCAAAAAGCUAUUACUUCAAUCAUUGCCUAUCCAUCUUUCGUUUGUGAUAUGCGAGUGAAACCAAAUCUUCAAUUUUUACUCGUUUCCGGUGUCAAUCGUUCAGGCAUUUAUCAUUUGCUUCGUUCUAGACCUUCUGUAAUUUGUUCUACUGAUUUGAGAAAGGCUGUGGAGGAGAUUAAGGAAUUAGGGUUUCAUCCUUUAAAGUACAAUUUUUGUGUGGCGUUACUUGCCAAGAGGGGUAUCUCUAAAUCACUAUGGGAUACUAAAGUUGAUGCCUUGAAGAGUUGGGGUUGUUCUGAAGAUGUGAUUCUUGAUGCCUUUAAAAGACAGCCUUACUUUAUGCUACGGUCAUCGGAUAAACUCAAUGCGGUGAUGCAAUUUUGGGUCAAAGAGCUUGAAUGGGAUCCUUCCGUGCUCAUGGCAGCACCUGAACUAUUCGGACUUAGUCUAGAGAAAAGGCUUGUUCCAAGGGCUUCAGUCGUCCGGUAUCUGUUAUCCAAAGGUUUGAUUAAGAAGAGUGCUAGAUUGUAUACACCGUUUAAAAUCUCUGAUGUGUUGUUCAUGAAAAAGUAUGUGGAUUGUUAUGAAGAAGAAGAAGCGUCUAAGCUAUUAAGGCUAUAUCAGGGGAAGGAUGCUAGCAUAUAGUGCUUAAACACAUUCUGUUGUAACUGAAUAAACCAGCCAUGUUAUGUUUAUUCAUCUUUAACUGUGUUGUUCCACUUUCUCAGUAAGUUGGAACCUUUUUUGUUGUUGGUAACAGUUUUGACUUAUAAACCAGUCAUGUUAUGUAUUAUGGAAUUAGGACAUAAAAGUAGACAUAUUUGUAGAA